CAUCCCAUUUAUCCUGACUGGGGAACUAUUUGAACAGUCAUACAGACCUGCUGCAUUCAUGAUCGCUGGCACUGUAAACUGGUUGUCAAACUUUGCCGUGGGCCUCUUAUUCCCCUUCAUUCAAGAAAAAUUGCAGUCCUUUGCCUUCCUGGUCUUUGUGGUUGUCUGCACCUCAGGGUCCAUUUACUUGUGUUCUGUACUUCCUGAAACCAAAAACAAAACCUUCAUGGACAUCAGCCAGAGCUUUGCUAAAAUCAACAAAAUGCCAGCGCCUUCGCCUGCCCAGGAGAUGGAAAUGGUCCUGUCCAUUAAGCCACAGAAGAACGGGAAAGCACAAGACAUCACAAAGAUGGAGAGCUCCUUCUAAGUUGCACUUAUUGUGGUAAAGGCAUGAUCAAAAUGUUAAAGGAAAAUGUUUUUACAUAUUUAUGCAGAAAAAAAGUCAAGGACAAGGAAUCGCAUGAUGAUAUCACUCACUCAGACUUCAACAUAUGCUUUCUAUAUGUUGUUUAGGGCUGGAACAUUAAAGAAUACCACAAUAUUAUGCACUUAGUGGAUUGUUUGUAUUUACUGAAGUGUAGAUUUAUUAAGUCAUCCAAAGUGGAUUAAGGUGGAUCUUGCUAUCAAAAGCAACAUGUUUCUAAUUGAUUACAGGGGAAGUAAAAACAGUUAAUAAACAUUUC